CUCAAUUUAAUUAAAGAGCAAGCAUACGUGUAUUAUGUGGACCAAAUCGGUCUCAUCCAUCCACCAAUCUCGAUGUCAAAAUGACCCCACAAACAAAGGGCUAUCAUCAGGCAUAUCAUACCGUCUACAAUCGGAUGAACCAUGCACCCUCACACAGCUGAACAUAACUCCUUCUCUGUCCCCUCCCCUGGUUCUGUGAAUCAUAAAUACUCGGCCCACCCAACCCUUAUCUCUCUCUCCUUCUCAGACGCCCAAAAAACACUGUGUUUACAGAUCUUUUUCUUACCUCAAUCUUUUUCUCCUCCUCCUCUCGGAGGAGCCUCCUGUGGCAGCUCAAGGCGUUGUUGGUGAGAUCUCGAAAAAAAGAGACAAAGAUGAACAGGUGCGCUUACGAGCAGAACGCCAUGGCAGGUUGUGAGGGGAUGAAGAUGGUGGAUUCAGUUGUGUGCCCAAAGCCACGUCGUUUGAAACUCAUCAAUCCUUCCCUUAACGACUCCACCAGACCCUUCAGAUAUUUCAACCAAUCGGAAAUCGGAGAUUCUCAAGCAGGGUCUGAACUUCUGGAUUUUCUUCUCACCAAGGGAAAUUGUGAAGAGAGAUCCAGUAACCAACUGGCUUCAUCGCCACCAUUUUUCUGUGGGUCUCCACCAAGCAGGGCAUCAAACCCUGUAAUCCAAGAUGAGCAAUUUGGCAACAGCAGCAAGAUGGCUCCAUUUUUUCCAGCACCGCCGUCUUCAUUGUCUGCGCGCAACGGAGGGUGUGUUCGGAUGAAAUCAGGGGACAAGCCUGUUGCUGUGCGCAUUGAAGGGUUUGAUUGUCUUAGCAGGGACCGCAGAAACUGCAGCAUCUCUGCUGUAGCUUAGGCAGUUAUAGGCUCACACAAGAAUGAAGAACCCUCUCUCUCAUUAUGGAAAAAGCAGAGUUUUGUGAGAGAGGGUGCUUUGGGAUCAUCAUCGAGAGGAGGAAGCAAAGGUUUUUUGGGUUCUUUGAGUGUGUAAUUUUUGUAUAUACAAGUCAAGUCCAAUCUAAUGUUAUUUCUGCAGAGUUUUUUUGUGUAAACUCAAAGAUAUGUAUAUGUAAAUUAAGGUGAUGGGAGAUGUUCCAUUUUGAGGAAUAAAAGGUCUUAAGAAUGAGAGAGUGGGGGGGAAAGGGGCCAAGUCUUUUCUCCCUCUCUUUUUCUGGGUAGAGUUGUUUUGGUUUCUUUCAUAGAAGUGGUCAGCCAUUGUCUGUUGGGAGAUGGUAUGUGACUUUUGUUUGGGAGAUUUCAUUUCAUGGGACAAGCUUGUAAUCUCCUGCUAAAGACUUGUUUGGGUUCUCAUAAUCCUCCGUUUGUAAUUGUAUUUUGGAGGAAGUGAGGAUUGGAUCUUUAUUUGGAAUCUGUUAUAUUAUUAUUUGUUUCUGGAUUU